AAUAGUGGUUAAUGCUUAUAACACUGGUAUCAGAAGUUUUAUUAAUUCAUUGUCAGGUUUCGUAUAGACUCUAUAAUAGUCUAGAUGUAAAUAAUGGAAUUAUUCGAUCCUCCUAAACCAUCGUCAGUUGACGGUAAUCUGUCUGAGAUAUGGAACAUGAAGCUCUAUUAAUUUAUAGGCCUACUUGAUUGCUGAACCCGCUCGAGACAUCUACAACACUUUUCAAGUAGGCCUAUGUGAAGAUGAGACUGUAGACAAAAUAAUGUAAAGAAAUGUAGCCAGCUUCAAAUUAAUGCAUCUAUAUAGGACUUCUUUGUUUGAUUGGUGUCUAAAUAAUCAGAUCUGAAAUAAAUGAAUUACUCAUAACAACCUUACAGAACCGCCACUAGAUUCAUACCUGAUUUCAUCAUUGAAUGCAAUGAUUUAAGACAUGCCACUAAACUCUAUGAAAAGUUAUUCCACAUAAUUUUCUUUAUAAAAGCUUUGUGUUUUCCAGUGCCAGUUUGAAUCUAAAGUAUGAAAACUAACAAUGUAAUUAAGUACGAGUGUGGUUACAGCCAUCCAUUCACCUGCGAUGUAUGUCAUGCCGUCUUUACUCUCAAAUCUUCACUGACUCGACACAGACACAUUCACGCACAGGGCAAAAAAUUUGUUUGUGAAAUCUGCGAUAGGGCGUUUGUUGUGAAGCGUUAUCUACAACGGCACAUUGCCCAUCAGCAUAUACAGAAGAAGUAUCAAUGCGCCUUGUGUGAAAAAUAUUUUCUGGGCAAGACGGAGUUAGUCAAACACCAAAAGCAGCACAGUUUUCUGUCGCACAGCAGUAAAAGAAGAUCAGUUCAGAGGAGGAAGUCUUUUUCUUGUUUAGUGUGCUGUAAAAGCUUCACCAAAAAACUGUCUUUGAUUCAGCAUGAGAAGACGCAUAGGAGAGAUUCACCUUCAGCCUCUGACUGUGGCAUUCAGGCGUUGUCAUCAGAGGAGUUGCUAUAUGGGGAAAUGACAUACAGCUGUCACGUCUGCAAGAAAGAUUUUGCCACAAAGAGAAAUGCCAUGGCUCAUCUAAGCAAAAAACACUUCAAAUGUGACAUCUGUAAUAAGGUAUUGACUAACAGCCGGCAGAUACGGAAGCAUAUGCAGCGGCAUAUGGGCUCAGUUGAGGCAAUGAGAAUCAAUAUGACCCUCACCUUGGAAAAUGAUGAUGUCGGCUUCAAGAGUGAGACGUUGACAGACCUGAAGCCUGAGAAUCUUCAGAUGGUUUCCAUGAAUGCUGAUUACUAUCUAAAAAGUUUGCAUACCCAAGGCAGGUUCAAAAGCUACACACGCAAGAUAUUCAUUUGUGAUAUGUGUGGAUAUUCAACAUCAGCUAAAUACGUUCUCAAUUCACACAUCUCCGCACACUUGGGGGAACGACGCUUCAUGUGCGAUGAAUGUGGGAAAACAUUUAUUUGGGCAGACAGUCUGAAGACUCAUAAAACAACGCACCAGUCUGCGACCCCAUUCCAGUGCACAAUCUGUUUCAGGUCAUUUAAGUUGAAGUCAUACCUCAUUCAACAUGAAACCUACUACCAUUUUGGCAAGGGAGAAUUUCUGUGCCCUAUCUGCGACAAAAUCUUUUUCAGUAAGUUCAGUCUCAAGGAGCAUUUGAGACUUCAUGCCAACUCUGAGACAUUUGCUUGCAAAAUCUGUGGUGAAGUUUGCCCCAGUCAGUAUUUCUUGACUAAACACAAGCAGGUCCACCUCCCCAACAACCCAAACCACUGCUCGGUAUGCAACAAGACCUUUCUGUGCAAGUGGAAGCUAGAACUACACUCUCGUGUCCACUCGGGAGAAAAGCCUUACCGUUGCACCCAAUGCAACAGGGCCUUCUCGGACAGGUCAACUGUCAGGAAGCAUUUGAAACUCCAUGUUGGUAAUAAGAGUUUCAGGUGCGACUGCUGCCAGAAAUCCUUUGCUGAAAAAUAUCAUUUGACCUACCAUUUGACUACUCACAGGCAUUUGAAGUGUGUUACAACAGAGACAAGUCAAAUUAUAGCUGCGAUAGUUGAUUAAACUAAAAUUUACACAUUGUCUGAAGAGUUUCAAUAUAUGGAUUGGUUUUUCUUUGUGCAUUUAUCUUAUUAAUAUAUAUUUAUUAAUUUUGAUUUGAAAUAAAUAAUAACUUUAUUUUUAAAUAUAAUGGUUAUCUAUUACUAUUUUGUAUAUGACAAGCGACUGUGAGAUUAUCAAGAAAAUAAAUUAUUGCAUUACAUGUUUUGCUUAUAACAUGGUAUUUUCCAAGUACAACUUUUAUGUUAAUUAUAUAUUUAUUGAUAAACAGCAUUUUUAUAAUAGAACCUGUAAAAAAAUGUUUUACAUGUUUCAGAUGUUCCUUCAGAGUUGAAGAUAGUUUACUUCCUAGUCCAAACCUCCCGCAGGAUGACGGGGGAUGGGAGCGGGCAGGAUUUGAACCCUCGACCAUCGAUAAAUCCGAACAACAGUCCAGUGCGCAAACCGCACGACCAGGCAGCCAUCCUUUUAGGCUUUUAAGACUUUCUUAGGGUGUUAAUUACCAUGUCACGAGCUAGAUUAUGUUUUUUUUUUUUUUUUUUUAAAUAGAUAAAAUUGACUAAAUGGGUAUUUAGCUGUUUUAGCUCAUGUUUGGUCUUUUAUGUAAUUUAUGAAAAAUAAUGUCAGUAAAAAUAUUUCCUGGGUUUAAUUCCUUAUUAACUUUUCAGAAGGACUUUGCAGUUCAUAGAAAAAACCCUAAAAGCACUGGCUAAUCAAACAUUUCAUUUCGAAACUGUAACUGACAUUACCAAACUGUGGCCUAGCUGGGAGGGUGAAAAAUGUAAAAAUCCCCCAAAUGAGUGUCCUAAAUUUCAUGUCAAGAUGUCAAAUGUCAAAAUGCAGGGGCCCCUAAAGAGGUCAAGACCUCAGUGCCCCCAAAUCACUAGCUACCCCACUGUUACUAAAGAUAGUCUAGCCUAGUCUACUUGAUGAUCUAGAAACUACUUUCAUUUUAUUUUACUUUUGGCUUGAAAUGUUUCUGCUUGCUAUCAUGUCCUAUAUUUUUAAAGGUUAGUGUUCUUAAUUAAGGGCACUAACAAUGAUUUUCUCUGCUGUUUGUUUUUAAUCAAGAAAACAGAAGUUAAAUCAGCACUUUUGUAUCAUGAAACAAUUCUGUGUGGCAAUGAGAAAUAUUUUCAAGCUGGGUGCUAGACUCUUUUUAUUAGAAGAUCAUAAUUAUCAAUUAACAUUAAUUUCAACACUUAAUAUAAAAAAAAAGAAUAAAAAAACAACAACAAAGCUCAUCUAAGGGAAAGAACUGCUAAUUAUUGCUAUUUACUGAAAAUUACAGGGUAUAUCUCCCUUUCUGCUAUAUAUAAAAGUCAUUGCAAAGUUAAGUAGCUUAAUACUUUUUGAUAUCUAGUGAUCUGCCUCAAGAUGUGAAAUAGAGAUGGAUCCUCAGUCUUCUGUACUCAGCCCCUCCAUCUUACUAUGGUACG